AGAGAGAGAGAGAGAAGGAGGAAAAGGAAGGAAAGGAGGAGAGGAAGGAGGAAAGAGAGAGAGAGAGAGAGAGAGAGGAGGCAGAUGGCUUCGGAGCAGAACAAGGAGGAAGAGGAAGAGGAAGAAGAGGAGGAAGUAGCGGUGGCGCAGAGCCCUCCCCCCGCCCUCCCGGACCCCGACAGCUUGCCUCUCAGCACAAGCGCCCUUGCGGUUCCCGAGGAUGAUGGGCAGGCGAUGGCAGCCCCCGCCGGAGAGACGGGCGAGACCCCUGAAGCGCAGCAAGGAGAAGACUCCCCAGAAGAGGCCGAGGCAGAAAGGGUCUCGCCCCCGGAGCCCACUGAGGAGCCCCUCGUUGCGGGCGCACCGAGUGAGGAGGAACCCCCUCCGGACGGGGAUGAUGUCGUAGGAGAGCCAGGGGAGCCCCCUUCCUCUUCCUCCUCCUCUUCCUCUUCCUCCGAGACUGGAGACCCCCUCAGUUGCUCCUCGGAGCAGCUGGGGGUCUUGAUGGCGCAGCACCACAAGCGCCAGAAUGGCUGCCCCGACCUGGAGGAUACCCUGACCGAGCGGGACCCCCCAAACCCUCCCCAAAACAUCGCUGUCCAGACAGACCUCAAGACAGCUGACUUGGAAGUGAACACGGACCAAGACGUGGAAAAGGACCUGGACAAGCUGAUGUCGGAGCGCUGGGCGCUGAAGGAGCGCUACCAGGAGGUGCUGGACAAGCAGCGCCAGGCGGAGAACCAGCUCCAAGUGCGCCUCAAGCAGCUCCAGCAGCGCCGCGCCGAGGAGAUGAAGAGCCACCAGGAGAUCCUGAAAGCCAUCCAAGACGUGACGGUGAAACGGGAAGAGACCAAGAAGAAGAUGGAGAAGGAGAAGAAGGAGUUUCUGCAAAAGGAGCAAGACCUCAAGGCGGAAAUCGAGAAGCUCUGUGAGAAAGGCAGGAGGCUGCUGAAAGAACAGGAGGAGAAGGAGAGCAAGAUCGUCUCUCUUAUUGCGGAGCAGUCAGAGGAAAAGGAGGUGUGGGAGCAAGAACUGGACAAGCUGAAGAACCAGCACAAUGAGGUCAACCAGUCUGUCCUGGAGGAGACGGAACGGGCCUGGAAGGCAGAGAUCCUGUCCCUGGAGAGCCGGAAGGAGCUGCUGGUGCUGAAGCUGGAAGAGGCCGAGAAAGAAGCGGAGCUGCACCUCACCUACCUCAAGUCGGCGCCACCAACGCUGGAGACCAUUCGGCCGAAGCAGGAGUGGGAGACUCGGCUGAACCGGAUACGGAUGACCAAGGAGAGCGUCCGGGACCAGUUCAAUGACCACAUCCAGCUGGUGCGGAACGGGGCCAAACUGAGCAGCCUGCCCCAGAUCCCCACUCCGCCGCUGCCCCCGCCCCCUUUGGAGGCGGACUUCCUGCUGCCGGCCUUCCAGCCCAGUGGCCCCCCGCCCUUUGCCAUGGUCAUGCCCAGCGCCGACCCCCGUGUGCUCUCCUUCCCGCUCCUCAACGCUUCCGCCGCCCGGACCGGCCGCACCUCGCCCACCGCACAAGGACGCAGCGGCAGCCCUGCUCAGGCCGGACCGCGGGCCGCCAACCCCCCUCCGCCCGGCCUGGAGUUCCCGAGGCCCCCGCCCGUGGACAAGCUGGAGAAGAUCCUGGAGAAGCUCCUGGCGCGCUUCCCCCAGUGCAACAAGCCGCAACUGACCAACAACUUGCAGCAGAUCAAAGCGGCGCGAAGGACCCUGGCGGGGCUGACCAUGGAAGAGCUGAGCCAGUUGGUGGCCGCCAAGCUGGCCGAGCAGCAGGAGCAGCGGGUGGCGGCCGUGGGCACGCAGGCUCCUCGCGGGCGGAUGUGCUCCCCCAUGUUCCCGGCUCCUCUCCCGCAGAUGGGCAACCCCAUGUUCCUGCCCGCUGCUGCCCAGGUCUCCUACGCUGCGGCCCCCGCUCAGACCCCCGCCGCUGCCGCCUGCAAACUGUGCCUGAUGUGCCAGAAGCUGGUCCAGCCCAGCGAGCUCCACCCCAUGGCCUGCUCCCACGCCCUCCACAAAGAGUGCAUCAAGUUCUGGGCCCAGACCAACACCAACGACACCUGCCCCUUCUGCCCUAGUCUGAAAUGACUCCGCCGAAUUCGCUGCCCAGAUUUCUACAGCUCUAUAUUUAUACGGCCAUGUAUACACAUGUACAUUUUUAUUCUAUAGGGAAUGUGUGUAUAGAACGUCUGUAUACAUACUGGUUCAUAAUAAUAAUAAUAAAAGUGUGUAUAUUA